AUGGUGCGCCUUCUAUCGCUGACUCUCGCUGCCGGCCUCGUUGCGAGCCAAGCCCGUGCUACGAGCAAGACAUGGUCGAUGACGCCUGUCACCUCGAUUCAGGCGCGCGUCGUCUCGCAGGCUGCGACGUGGGACGCCAGUAAGAAGAAGUUUGGUCUCGUCCUCAAGCAACACACCAACACGUUUGAGGAGCGGUACCGCGCGGCGAUGGACACCGUCAACACGGCGUCGGUCGAGGGUGCUCUCUAUUACGUUCAAACCGAAGGCAUCAACCAGGCCGAUGCAGUCCAGUGCAUGCGCAAGACCAACAUGAGCUACGUCUGGUUCCUCAACGUGACGAUCGUGCAGCCGACGUUUGCGAUCGCAGAGUACGCUGAGAACGCGGGCGUCGUGCCCGAGUACGGCAAGUUCAUCGCCAUGGACGGCGGCAUGUGCACUCCGCUCGACGCCAAGGGCACGCUCUCGGACGAGUGCCGGAGCCUCUCGGGUCUCGACUACCACGCCAACGUUGGCCCGUAUGUCGGUGGCGAGGCGCGCAAGGCGCACAAGUACGCUGUGUACGCUGACAAUUACUGGUUUUCGUACCCCAACUCGUGCUUUACCCGCAAAUUCGACGCCAAGGACGACGCGUGCCGCAAGAAGCAGCCCGGCGGUCUCUGUCCGCUGGGCGUGGCGCCCGAUGGCAUCCGGUGCACGUAUGCCUUUGACAUUCUCGGGUACAUCCGCAUCGACGACCUCGUGGGCAUCACGUCGCUGAAGAACAGCAAGACGGGGCGCCACUAUGCAGACCGCGUUGAGUUUUGCAAGGACGCCAAAGUUGAGUUUGAUUUCGCAACGAUGGCGAGUGACCUCUCUUUUUGGAACAACCCGCUGGAUGAGAAGGCCAACGCCAAGCGCACGGCGCACAUGCUCUCGCUCUAUAACGCGCUCAUUACAGAGCGGAAGGGCGCCUACGCCAACAUGAAGGCACUGCCGUCCGCAGACGACCUCACCAAGGUCAACCCGCCGUGUUGGAAGAACAGCCCGCUGUGCGCCAAGGCCACGAACGGCUGCCGCCGCAAGCUCACGGCGCAGAUUUGCGAAGUGUGUUCGUCGCCUGCAGCCGACUGCGUCAAGCCGACGGCCUCGGACAGCGUGCCACCGGUCCUCGCAAAGGCGGUGGCUCCCCCGAUUCCAACAGACGCCUCGGGCAAGGCAAUCGCGUCUCGCAAUCCGUCGGGCGCGGGCGGCACCGCCGGUGCCGCGGCCAACAGCGCUUCGUUUGCUGCUUUUGGUGCGUCCCUGGUCGCCGUCGUGGCCGUGUCUCUCCUGUGA